AGACAACGGUUUGGGUUCGAUCUGCGCGUUUUAAAUUCAAACAAUUAAGUUAAAAUAUUAAGGUGAACUGUGAACGUUCUUCUGAAUAGAAAAGAUGGCUUGGAUACAGUUUUGUCUCAUUGCAUUUCUUCUCCCCUGGAUAUGGCAGACAAUAACCUCUGACUCAGACAUGGAUGAAUGCCCUCGAAAUGACCAGUUUUUAUGUAACGUUAGCCGGCAAUGCAUCUCCAAGUCACGGGUAUGUGACGGGGUUAAAGACUGUGUUCACGGUGAGGAUGAGGCUCCUCCCGCCUGCGACUUGGAUGUAUGCCGUCAAAUGGACAGGUUCUUUUGUAACGUUAGCCGGCAAUGCAUCUCCAAGUCAUUGGUAUGUGACGAGGUUAAACACUGUGUUCACGGUGAGGAUGAGGCUCCCGUCUGCGACUUGGAUGUAUGCCGUCAAAAGAACAUGUUCGUUUGUAACGUUAGCCGGCAGUGCAUCACCAAGUCAUCGGUAUGUGACGGGCUUAAACACUGUGUUUACGGUGAGGAUGAGGCUCCUCCCGCCUGCGACUUGGAUGUAUGCCGUCAAAUGGACAGGUUCUUUUGUAACGUUAGCCGGCGGUGCAUCAGAAAGUCAUGGGUAUGUGACGGAGAUAAAGACUGUGAUCACGGUGAGGAUGAGGCUCCUCCCGCCUGCGACUUGGAUGUAUGCCGUCAAAAGAACAUGUUCGUUUGUAACGUUAGCCGGCAGUGCAUCACCAAGUCAUCGGUAUGUGACGGGCUUAAACACUGUGUUUACGGUGAGGAUGAGGCUCCUCCCGCCUGCGACUUGGAUGUAUGCCGUCAAAUGGACAUGUUCUUUUGUAACGUAAGCCGGCAAUGCAUCUCCAAGUCAUGGGUAUGUGACGGAGAUAAAGACUGUGUUCACGGUGAGGAUCAGGCUCCUCCCGCCUGCGACUUGGAUGUAUGCCGUCAAAAGAACAUGUUCUUUUGUAACGUAAGCCGGCAGUGCAUCUCCAAGUCAUGGGUAUGUAACGGGGUUAAAAACUGUGUUCACGGUGAGGAUCAGGCUCCUCCCGCCUGCGACUUGGAUGUAUGCCGUCAAAAGAACAUGUUCUUUUGUAACGUAAGCCGGCAAUGCAUCUCCAAGUGGCGGGUAUGUGACGGAGUUAAAAACUGUGUUCACGGUGAGGAUCAGGCUCCUCCCGCCUGCGACUUGGAUGUAUGCCGUCAAAAGGACAUGUUCUUUUGUAACGUAAGCCGGCGGUGCAUCUCCAAGUGGCGGGUAUGUGACGUAGGUAAAGACUGUGAUCACGGUGAGGAUCAGGCUCCUCCCGCCUGCGACUUGGAUGUAUGCCGUCAAAUGGACAGGUUCUUUUGUAACGUUAGCCGGCAAUGCAUCUCCAAGUCACGGGUAUGUGACGGAGGUAAAGACUGUGAUCACGGUGAGGAUGAGGCUCCUCCCGUCUGUUACUUGGAUGUAUGCCGUCAAAUGGACAGGUUCUUUUGUAACGUUAGCCGGCAAUGCAUCUCCAAGUCACGGGUAUGUGACGGAGGUAAAGACUGUGAUCACGGUGAGGAUGAGGCUCCUCCCGUCUGUUAUCUCAAACGGCAUUGUAAAUCGAAGUGGUCCUUAAGUGAAGGCUGCCUAGGUCGAUGUAUUCCUGGUUAUUUUGGCAAGAAUUGCCAAAAGUGUUCUGAAAUAUGUUUGAAUAAAACAUGUAAUAGCUCUAGUGGAAUUUGUAAGGAUUGUACACCUGGUCAUUUUGGCAAGUUUUGCGAUAAAACAUGUUCAAACGAAUGUUUGAAUGGGCUAUGUAAUAGAUCAAGUGGAAUUUGUAAGGACUGUACACGAACGUACUUAGAUAAUUGUUCGCUAGCAUGUGGCCAAGGAUGUAUAGAAAAUGACGGUUCCCCAAAAUGUGACAGACAAAGUGGCAAAUGCUUGCAAGGCUGUUUAUCUCAUUAUUACGGACUCUUUUGCAACAUAACAUGUAGACACUGCAAAUUAAAUUUCUCCAAUGCUGUAUGCGAUGUAAACGGUGUAUGUCUGUUUGGAUGUGAGAACGAUUAUUGGGGCAAGACGUGCAACACUAAAUGUAGUGCCAAUUGCCAAGGUGACGAACAUGGAAACCGAUGUAAUUCAUCCACGGGGGAAUGUAUUAACGGCUGUACUACUGGUUGGAGUGGUAGAUUCUGUAUGGUUUCUUUAGAUGUGAGCAGUAACGAUAAAGAGAACGUCAAUUCAGUGAAUGCAACUUUAAUAGUCGUACCAGCAGUUGCCACUGUGGCUGUCGUCGUUGUCGUCGUUGUCGGGAUUAUCUGCUAUUUACGGGCUCGAAAAAGGUUUAACCGUCAGCUGAAUGAACGCAUGGAACCACGCCGAGUAUUUCCAGUUCAUAUUCCACCAGCACAACAACCCUCCAGGUCUCGGAGACGGGCCAGCUCUUACGUGUAUGACGAGGUCAACGAAGAAACUAUGGAACAUUAUCAUUACAUCUGUGAGCAAAACCCUCCAGAUCACUAUGAUAAAAUCAAAGAUCGCAAGCCAUGCAUAUGUCGACAGUGUGUACGCGAACGAGUUAUUCCUAUGUUAAAUAGGAUAUCUUCAGGAUCGUCGAGUACCACUUUCGUUGAGCCUUAUGCCGUUGGUGGCGGCAGUAUAAGCAGCCAAAGCUACGUAAGUAAUAGCGAGAUAAACCCAAGACGAAGUGCCACAAAGUAUGAUCAUGAUGGCGGAAUUGUGCCUACAAAAGAAUUUACGGAUGUAAGUAAUUCCCGACGGAGCCAAACUAACUCUGACGGCAAAAAUGAACUUGACAGGACCGAUGACAGUAAGCAUAGACGGAGUGUCACACGCUCUGAUGGUGCUCUUGAUCAUGUCGGUAAGACAGAUAAUGCGGACGGAUUUAAUCCCGGCCCUUGCGUUGCAAAAUCUGAUAGCAAUAUUGAACUUGUGUGCAUGCCUGGUUAUUUGGACCUUGAAGCCCUUUAUCAAAAAGCCAAGGCUGAAGAUCGGCGAAAGCUAGCUGCUAAAUAUUUAGAUUACGGGGAAGAUGUAUUUGGUGAAAUAGGACAAUUUCAAGCUAUUAAACGGGAAGAAUGUGAACUGUCUAAUAAUGAAAUAGAACUGCAAAGUAUGGGACAAAAUAUCGAGUCUUCCCUAUCAAUAAGUCGAACAGAACUAAUCGAAGAAAGCUGUUGUGCAAAUGAUAGAGAUAUCAUUGAUAAACAACAGUCUAUCGAGGCAAAAAUGGAUGAUCAAUCAAACACUGAAAUACCAUAUAGUGAUGAAAUAAAGCAAACUGAUUCUGUCUUGUAAAGAAGAUGCCUGUUUCUGGUUGGCGAUUUAGUUUUUGAUAUUCUAGAUUGCCCCCGAAAGAGAGAUAUGUGUUAAUAGUAUUAUCUGUCGGUUCAUCUCGCCCGUCCGUAACAACCCAUUUAUCGGCCAUAACUUAGAUAUUCAGAUCAGAUGCCUCAGUAGUAGUUUCCAAAACUUUAAUAUCUUUAAGUGAAUAAAUUAAGGCUAGGAUCAAAAACUACUUUUCCUAACAACGAAUCAGGGGCAGAAGCGUUAUAAAAUAGCACCAUCAUCUUACAUAGAAUGUAGCUAGUAUCAUUAUGGACUUCUAAUAAUAAUAUGGGUGUGUACACCAUGCAUGUCGUGGUUUGAAUUAUUUAUGCUAUUUCUCCAGGCGCAACAUAAUUUUGUUUCGUUUAAGUAUUUUAUUUAUGGUUAAAUCGAUGUAUAUCAUCAUACAAGGUAAUACCUUAUCCUUUCAUGGAAAAAAGAAAGAAGAAAAGAAAUAAAAUUAUAGCUAUAUUAUUUUACGUGUUUAUCCUUAUAAACGAAUAAAUGCGUAUUCAAGAAAGCAUGUCUAUAACAUGUAAUAAUUAUAUAUAAUACUUUGUAGUUUUAAGUGUAUGAUAAUGCGAGUCCUGCUUAAUUGAAUGGCUAUAUUAUUUUACGUGUUUAUCCUUUAUAAAUGUACAAUCGCGUAAUCAAAAUAACAUGCUUGUUAGAAGUAUUUGAUUAUUUAUAAUUCUUUGUAGUUUAAAUUGUAUGAAAAUGCGACUGUUUGAGUAAUUGUUGUUGUUCAUAAGUAAAUGUUUAAUCUUAAUUGCACAGAAGUGAUAUUUUCAUAAAAUAAUUAUAUGACAUAACUCUGUAUAGGAACUCUUACAUGGAACAAAAUAAGUUCGCUUAUGAAAAUGUACAUGCUUGCUCACAGAAAAUUAUGCAUAAAUAAUUCAAUAUAAUAUUGAAUUUACUUAAGUUCGAUAAAGAAUUUGAUAACAGCUGUAAACCAACUAUUUUGAUACAGGUAAACAUAUUGUUUGAUUUAGUCAGAAAAAUACAGAACUUUAUUGACGUACAGGUGGUUUCAUGUAGGUGUUUACGGUGAUACAUGUAAAAAGGACUAUUAUUAUUAUUAUUAAUAAUUUUAUUAUUAUUAUUAUUAUUAUUAUUAUUAUUAUUAUUAUUAUUAUUAUUAUUUAUUAUUGUCAUUUUUAUUAUCAUUAUCAUUGUCAUUAUCAUUAUCAUUGUCAUUAAUAUUAUUAUUAUCAUUAUCAUUAUUAUUAUUAUUAUUAUUAUUAUUAUUAUUAUUAUUAUUAUUUAUUAUUAUUAUUAUUAUUA